CCCCUUCCGGCUGGCGGGAGGCGGUGGCACCGCCGGGACCGGGACCGGGACCGGGGCCGCUGCCGGACGCUUACGGUCUCUGUAUCCCUUCAGGGGCGGCUGCGGCUCCUCCCCCGGUGCCCACCGGGUCCGGCCCCGCCGAGCGCCGGCGCUGAGGGCAGACCCCGGUGCCAGGGGCGCUGGAUGUGUCGGGCUGUGGCCGUCCCGCGGGAGCCGUGGCCGUGCCGUGCUGCCAGCGAUGAUUCCCAGUCCCGUCUGUGCCCGGUGUCCCUGACUCUGCAGCUGCCCUGUCCCUGGGAAGCGCUGUGUCCCCGGGGGGAUGCAGAGCCACCCGGUGCUUGGCCCAGCAGAGCAGGCUGAGCGGCGCCGACUGCAGCUGCCGAUGGUUCCGCUGUUACCUGCGGUGAGGCUCAGGCGGAAGCCGCAGGCCGUCGGCGGGGAGACACCGCCGGAGCCGGAGCCGGAGCCGCAGGAGCCCGAGGAGACCCGUGUGGUGCUGCCGCUGGGCGAGGGCCCGGUGCUGGAGGAGUGUCCCCUGUGCCUGCUGCCGCAGCCCCCCGAGGCCUUUCCCAGCCUGGCCUGCUGCUCGCACCGCUCGUGCCGGGCCUGCCUGCAGCAGUACCUGCGCCUGGCCGUCCGCGAGAGCCGCGUGCCCGCGUCCUGCCCGCACUGCCCCGCCGCGCUCCACCCCGCCGACGUGCACCGCCUGCUGCCCGAGCCCGCCCUCCGCGACAAGUACGAGGAGUUCCUGCUGCGGCGGCUGCUGGUGGCCGAUCCUGGCACCCGCUGGUGCCCUGCCCCUGACUGCAGUUUUGCUGUCUUUGCCCACGGCUGUGCCGAAUGUCCCCGCAUCACCUGUGGGCGCGAGGGCUGUGGCACCGAGUUCUGCUACCACUGCCGGCAGCCCUGGCACCCUGACGGCCCCUGUGCACCGGCCCCCAGCCUGGCCACCCCCACGGCACAGCUGGCCCAGCAGGAGGAGUUGGGCAAUGCUGAGGCCGAGGACAUCAAGGUCUGUCCUCGCUGCAGCGCCUUCAUCAUGAAGAUCAACGAUGGGAGCUGCAACCGCAUGAACUGCACGGUCUGUGGGUGCCUCUUCUGUUGGCUCUGCCUGCGGGAGAUCUCUGACGUGCACUUUCUGAGCCCCUCUGGCUGCACCUUCUGGGGGAAGAGGCCAUGGUCCCGGACCCGGAGGAUCCUGUGGCAGCUGGGCAUGGUGCUGGGAGCGCCCAUGGUCAUCUCCCUUGCUGCGGGUGUUGCUGUCCCUGUCAUUACCAUCGGGAUCCCCAUCUACAUGGGUAGGAAGGUGCUGGGCCAGAGCCGGCGAAGCAGCCUCUCCGGGUGCCAGCAGUGCCUCUCUGUCACCAGCAGUGUCCUCCUCUCUCUCUUCGUGUCCCCUAUCAUAACAGCUCUCACUGUGGGUGUGGGCGUGCCCCUGGUGCUCACCUACGUGUACGGGACCGUGGUGCUGUCGCUGUGCCGGAGCCGCUGGGGCUGCAGGGGUGGCCGCGCGCCCGGAGACCUCGGCGUGGUGGAGCUGGACAACCUGGCUAAACUGAACGAGCUGUGGUCAGUGCUGCCCAGCCCCAGAGCAGGUGAGGAUGGAGCUCCAGACCCCGCUGCCUCCCUCCCCAGCAGCAGCCGCAGUGCGCGCCCAGGGCCAGCAUGGCCAGAACAGGACAGCCAGUCAGCCAGCACAGUGGCCCUUGCAGGGAGUAUGCUGAGUGAGGGCCAGGACACCUCGGACAGGGAAGGCGUUACCAUCGAGGUGGAGGUGUCGGUUGAAGCGGUGCCACGUUCUGCCCGGCAGCAGAGCCUCAGCAGUGCCCUGUCUGGGCAGAGCCUCUCUGGGGACUCCCUGGCAGCCACCAGUGACAGGGGCAGCUCCGUGGGUGUCCCUGUGGAGUGAUGGGGGCCUGAGGGAGAGAGUCUUGAUCCACACAUAGGCCCUAAUCCUGCCUGUGGCAGAGCCAGUCCCCCUCUGCCAGCACGCCUAGCCCUGGGAGCCGGGUCCUGGGGGGGUGCCAGCUGCACCCAGCACUGCUGCACCUUGCACUAGCCCUGUCCACCCCUUUCCCAGAGGCACCACUAGGAAAUAAAGCUGCUUUCUGAGGGUCCCUCUGUCUCCUGUGGCAAACCUCCCCUGACAGUGCAGCCCCCUGGUGUGCACGACAGGCAUCACAUCUGCACUGGUGUGAGGAAGAGCCCACCCAGGCACUGCAGGGCCUGUCGUGGCCUCUGCCCUGCCUGCACCAGCUGAUCUGCCCCGAGAGCAGGCUGCAGGGCUGGGGGCGGGCAGCAGCUCCAGUCUGGUGCUGAUCCUGAUACUGCAGGGGUCCGUCCUGCAGUAAGGCCAGUGUGGAGGGACACAGAGUAACACCCUGGGCUGCAGGUGGGGACCUAGUGCCAGAUGGGUUGUGUAGUCUCAGGCACUGGGGUCCUCACCCCUCUACCCUGCAGCGUCCUGGGGAAAAAAGGCUACUUCUGGAUGCUUUGCUGCUCAGAGCUGGGGAGUCACAGACUGAGUAAAGGAUUUGGGUUGGAAGGGAAAUUAAAGCUCAUUGUUGUCCCCUUGCCACAGGCAGGGAUACUGUCCACUAGACCAGGUUGUUCUGGGCUUUGUCCAGUCCAGCCUUGAACACUUCAAGGGAUGGGGCAGCCACAGCUUCUCUGAGCGACCUGUGCCAGGGCCUCACUGCAGAAUUUCUCCCCAAUUUCCCAUCUAAUCCUGCUCUCUGGCAGUGGGAAACCCUUUCCCCUUGUCCAAAGUCCUUCCAGCUUUCUUGGAGCCCCUUUAGGCACUGUGACUCUAAGGUCUCCCUGGAUCUUUCCCCAGACUGAACAUCCCCAGCUGUCUCAGCCUAUCUCCAUAGGGUUUGGUUAGGGACAAAUGUUCACUUCCCCACCCCACCUUCCUCACCUCCCCCUCCAGGAAAGAAUGGAGGACCAAGACCACACUUUAUUUUCUCAUCUUUUAGUUUGAAAAAAGUAUUGAUUCAAAGUGUACAACUGAACACGGUGUGGCUGCAGCACCACCGCCAGAUUGUUUCACAAAUAAAAACAGAAAGGGCCUUAAAUAAUCGGGUGCAGAUUAAAAAAACCUCAACAGUGAAAAAGUUCUUCCCUCCAAACAGAAAUUUCACAGGCACAGAAAUGGCAACAACCACAUGGAGACAAUGGGGGACAUCCUCCUCCUCCUGACACGGACCCUGCGCUGCCGCGCCCCCGGGCGCCGCUCCGGCCUCGCUCCCUCUUUGGAAUGGUUACUGAUGAACUGUGUGACACGCCCUCUAACCAGACCCGCCCCACCCCCCGACCAGGACACGGACAGACAAGGCCUCUGCUAAGGCUAAAAAAAGGACAAGACCUGCAGUCUUGAGUUCAGCAUGGGUAAGAAACGAGUCUGGUGAGCACAGCCCAGUCCCCAGGUGGGCCCUGCUACUCCAGUUUGGCCUUCUUGGUGCUGUCCCCACCGUUCUCCUCUGCUGGUGCUGCUGCCUCCCCCAGUUUCCGCUUCCCACUCUCCGCAGGUGGGUGUGUGUUACGGGGUUUGAAGCUGAUAAUGAUGCAGGUCAUGUUAUCGCAGCCCGUGCCAUCCCCUGAGGUGUCUGGAGCCAAGCACUGAUCCAGCAGCUGGGGAGGGACAGGGCAAGUCAGCAGAGGGAACAGAUACAUGCUGGGACCAGCCCGAGGUACUGGGCCCACCCCAGCACCUGACAGGGGCUGGGGCUGCCAGGCCAGACUCUGCAGGAGUCAAACAGUCAAGUGCUGUUCCCACAGGGAACAGGGACAGAGAUGGCCCCAGCAGCCCCACGUUUAUGAAUGUGGGCAGAAAUUCCUUUGGCUGGACAGCACCCUGAGGUCAGACACUGGCUGGAACGCUCAGGGUAGCCCUGUGAGGGAGUGGGAGGGCAGAGCCAGGCACCAAGCUGGGAUGCAGAGGCACCACGUUGCUGGAGGAACAGCAGAGCUCCUCUUACCUCUUCUACAAUGGAGGAGAGCGGCCGCAGGACUCCAUUCUCAUCCUUCUGGGUGAUCUUCGACUGGAUGAAAUCCACCACUUCCUGGCUGCUCAUCACAUUCCUGCAGAGCAGAGACGUCAGAAAGGCAGGCAAAGGGAGCACACGGGCCAUAGUGCCCAACAGGCCUUGCUCAGGCCCAGCUCUGGAGAAAGGCUGGAGCAGUGAUGCCCCACAGCACAAUGGCUCCCUUACCACUCACCAGAUUCCAUCACAGGCAAUGACCAUGAAGUCGUGGUCAUCGUUUAUUGUCAGCACUUUGAUGUCAGGCAAGGCAGAGAUCAUCUGCUCUUCCGGAGGGAGGUUCUUGUUCCGCUUGUAGAAGUGAUCCCCUGUGGUGGGGAGGAAGAUGUCUGCUGAGCAGCACUGCCCUGCUCAGGGCAUUACCCGUGGGAUCAGCGAGUGCUCCCGCAACCUGGGAUCUGGCUGUGGGCCAUGAAGCAGAGGAACCAUUGCAGGUUCCUUGUUUAAGCUCUGGCAAGCCCAAGGAAGAGGGGUCUUGGCAAGCUCAGCUUCUCUUUACUCCAAACCAAGUGCCCCUUACCCACCUGCUGGAUCAACUGACACCAGGCCAAGAGCACACAGCACCUGUCACCUGAAGAGGCUGUGGCUGCCCCAUCCCUGGAAGUGUUCAACAUGGCUGGAUGGGGCCUGGAACAACCUGGUCUAGUGAAGGUCCCUGCCCAUGGCUGUGGCUGGAACUGGUUGAGCUUUAAGGUCCCUUCCCACCCAAACCACUUCAGGGUUCAUUUUGUGAUUCAAAGUUCAAUUGAGAAAACUGGACUCAGCUCUGGCUAGCAGUUUAUCAGGAAUCAUCCUACAAAGGGACUUCCAGGGCUACCACAAAGUUGCAGGUGGGAAUGGCAGUGUCUUCCUAGAUAAUAAACUCUUUAUUUCCAUCCCAGAGA